UGACUGUCUGGAUGGAUGUUUCGAGGAAGCAGCAAAUUAAACAUAAGAAACAAAGAGAGAGAGAGAGAGAGAGAGCAUGACAGACGAACAGCAACAUCAAUUCCCAUCAUCGAUGGUCUUCUCUCCCCUAUAUAUACAUAUAUACCCCGCAGAAGUGGAAAAUAAAAGUGAAGAAAACAGACCAAAAAUAGAAAGAAAGAGAAAUACCAAAACCUUGGCGCAUCAUAUUCUUUAUUCCCUCACUUGGAUCGUUAAUUCCGCGAACGAGCUUCUGCCCUUCAAAUUAACCAUGGAGAAUAUUGGUGAGGAGUACGGCUACUGGCCGGAGAACGACAUGCUUUUCCAAAACGAAGACCUUGGCAGCUGGGCGAUAAUGGAUGAGGCAGCGUUAUCAGGGUCAGGGUACUAUGAUUCAAGCUCCCCGGACGGUACUGGUGCUUCUUCAUCGGUGGCAUCUAAGAACAUUGUCUCCGAGAGGAAUAGAAGGAAGAAGCUCAACGAUAGGCUUUUUGCUCUAAGAGCAGUGGUCCCCAACAUUACCAAGAUGGAUAAGGCUUCUAUCAUUAAGGAUGCUAUUGAGUACAUCCAGCACUUGCAUGACCAAGAGAAGAGAAUCCAAGCUGAGAUUUUGGAUCUUGAAUCUGGGAAUAAACUCAAAAACCCAACCUAUGAAUUUGACCAGGACCUCCCUAUUCUGCUCAGGUCCAAGAAGAAGAGAACAGAACAGCUAUUCGAUUCUGUCAGUUCAAGAAAUUCUCCAAUUGAAAUAAUUGACCUGAGGGUAACAUACAUGGGAGAGAAGACGUUUGUGGUGAGCUUGACAUGUAGCAAAAGGACAGACACAAUGGUAAAACUGUGUGCGGUGUUCGAAUCUUUAAAGCUGAAAGUCAUUACGGCCAAUAUCACUUCUUUUUCAGGCACGCUUCUGAAGACAGUCUUCAUCCAGGCAGAUGAAGAAGAGAGAGACUUUUUGCAUAUAAAAAUUCAGACAGCGAUUUCAGCUCUCAAUGAUCCUCUAAGCCCAAUGAGUAUCUGAUGAAGAAACGAGUUCAGAUCGAAGCUGAGAUUGUUCUGUUUGUUGAGUUUCCUUUUCCCACUCAAUGUUAAUUAUCUGUAGUGAAUGAGUCUUAAACUCGAAAGUUGGCAAGUUUUCUUUUUCUUUUCCAUUUUCUGUAUGUUGAUGUUGAUAGCCUCUAACGUUGUAAGCUUUACGUUAUUAAUGAAAUCGCAUUUUCAUGUUCUUCAUGGUAAAAA